UCUUCAAUUCUAGUAAAUUACCUCUUCAUGCUUAGUUUCUUCAUGGUUUCUUUUUUUCUUGAUGGACUCAGAAUUUUAAAUAUUAGAAAAGAUAAAAUAUGGCACCAGUUUCAUAUUUACUUUACCUUCUGUCACUUAUGAAGCUUGUUUUUUUUUCUUUUAUUAAGAAACUUUCUCUUUUUAGGUUACUGAAUUUAGAAUUCAUAAAGCAUGAUAUCAAUGUUCCCCUCGUAGGCCUUUCAUGUGUUCUGUUUUUCUUUUUUUAAAAAGAAGUUCUUUUAGUUUCAGAGAAAAUUCUGUAGAGUGAUAAAUGGAACAGGGAAGAAAUCUUAAGUCUUUAUGAUCUGGAUACCUCAUUUUUGAAACUGUGAAAGAAGUAUAUUUUUAAUUUAUGAUUGCUCAUGUUAUUCCUUAGCCAAUUCUUUUUGUUCAUUUCAGGUUUCUAAUUGGAGAAGCAUCAUAAUCAAUAACCAGAUUUCAGUAUCUUUCCUUAAUUCUUGAUCCAUUUGUGGUGAGUAAUUAUAAAUCAUAGUAAGAAUGAAUGAUUUAAUGACUCAAUCAUUCCUCAGUUACGUAGAACUCAAGAAACAGGCCAUGAGAGAUAUGGAAUCUGAACCAGAUCUUGAGAUGGGUGAAUUAGAUCCUGCUGAUGAGAAGAACCUGACAAAGUUCUUUGAAGAAGUGAAUGGAAUCAAGACUGAAAUGGAAGAGAUCACUAAUCUCCUCCUCGACCUUCAAGACCUAAAUGAAGACUCAAAAUCUACUCACAGUACUAAAGUGCUUAAAGGAAUUAGAGACAGAAUAAACUCAGAUAUGGUUACAAUUCUUCGGAAAGCCAAGAUUAUCAAGUCAAGAUUGGAAUCACUUGACAAGUCUAAUGUGGCUAAUCGUAGUUUGUCAAUGGCUUAUAAAGAAGGCAGCCCUAUUGAUAGAACAAGGGUUUCCGUGACUGAUGGAUUGAGAGUUAAGUUAAGAGAGAUGAUGCAUCAUUUUCAAGCAUUGAGAGAACAAAUUUUGAAAGAUCAUAGAGAGGGACUCAAAAGGAGGUACUAUAAUGUGACCGGUGAGCAUCCGAGUGAGGAAGUAUUAGAGAAGAUGGUUUUGGGAGGUGGGAAAGAGAAAGUUUUUGAAGGGAAAGUAGAUUUAGUUUUGGAGAAUAAAGAGAGGCAUGAAGCUUUGAAGGAUAUACAGAGGAGCUUGACCGAGUUGCAUCAACUGUUUCUGGAUAUGGCUGUCUUGAUAGAGACACAAGGUGAUGAGAUUGACAAUAUUGAAGAGAAUGUAGCUCGUGGCAGGACUUAUAUUAGUGGUGGUACUAAUGGGUUAUACUAUGCUAAGCAAAUGAAGAAGAAUAGGAAUUGGGGAUGUUGGAUUGGGAUUGUUUUGCUGGUUCUAAUGGUAAUACUUGUUUCUAUACUAGCUUCUUGAAAAUUUUUUGGAGGCCAUUUUUGGGUUGGAUGAAGUGUUUUAUUUUCUAGCCUGCUUGAAGGAGAUUUUCUCCUGUGAUUACACAUACAAGCAAUAGAUGUUUUUCUCAUGAAAGAUGGAGUUUUGUUCUAGUAAAGUGAUUCUAUUGUUUCUGUCAUUUUGAA